GACAUACAUUUAAAAACUUGUAUUCAUUCAAGACUUCAAAUCAAUUGUUAUCUCAUAUAUGUAUUAUUAUCAAGUUGAACAUAUUUUUGUUUACAAAAUGGCUGCUUCAAAAAUAGUUGCAUCAUGGUGUUGGUCUGUAAAGCUAAAAGACAAGGAUCAGCAUUUAAUUGAUUUGAAAAUAAGUUGUCCUAUCUUUUUUCUUUUUGAUGUAUUAUUUAUUGUAUUGGUGGAUAAAUCUGAUUUUUCAUCAACGAACAUGUUCAUCAACUCUCAUUGCGGUGACCUUACUUUCUCAUUGGACAACAAUUUUAACCCAAAGAAUAACUUUAUUGUGUAUGUUUACGGACUCAAGACAAUCAUUUCAAGUACAAAUCAAUAUGACAGGGUGGUAUGUUAUGGAAAUAAAGAAAUUGAGUAUUCAGAAGAGAUUCAAACAUAUGUGCCUUUGAAAGAAAUCGAAGAAGACAUGCACUUGCCUUUGUCGUCAACAGCAACUCAGGGUACAUUGCCAUUAACUGUUCAUCGACAACCGCCUUCGCAUUACAGAUUAGAUGUAAAUAUUAUGUUCACAGAUGAAAAAUAUUUUAUCGUCUUUGUCAAAGUAAAGAAUCAGCUCCGCUGUUACAGUAUCAGUGGUCGAUGUUUAAACAAGUUGAUUCUUUUUGAGUUGCCAUCUGCAUCUUCUGUUGAAUGUAAGGUUAUGUGUACAUGUCGACAGCAGCAGAUAGAUGGAAGCAUUUUUGUUACCACUACAGUAUCGCAUAGCCAUGUGAUUAGUUUUAAAACGUUUUUAUCCCUGGUGGAUACAUACCGAUUAUAUAAUCUAGCUAUAGCUUUUGGGACAAGGAAAUUCAUUCCUAACAUGCGACCUAUUCAGUUCUUUUAUAGGAAUAAAUCAGUGGAGUAUUUUCAUAUAGUAAUGAGCUAUCUGAAUGGAGAAAUGCUACCAUAUUUGAAAAGCAAUGGUGGAGAACAGGGUUCGGUUGUUAAUGGACGGUUAUCUGGUUUAUUUUUCAGUACAUAUAUCGAUACUACGACUAACUUGCCAAAUCCAUGUUCUCACUAUGGACCAAUAAGAUUGUAUCUCAAAUCUUUGAUAAUGUUUAAUCCUCAGUGUAAUUUGUAUUUUGCGGAUUUUUACUGUCACUAUAAACGACAUCAUGUGACAAUCAUUCUGGUGCCAAAAUUAUCAACUCAUAACAAUUUUUGUCGACAGUAUUUGACAGAACUAAACAUUUUUCAUAAUCCAUAUUUGUGUUUGCGAGUAGAAUGUAACGGUGCAUUCACUGUAAUGGCAAAUAUGGAUGUGACUGUUGAAGUGCUUUAUACUGAAACCAUAAAUGUGAGAAAAGCCAUAGAGUUACAGCAUGGUUUCAUUGUCGAAUCAAAAACUAUUGGGCGGGGUUUUGCUCCCCCGUCAGGUAUCCCUAAAAACCCAUCUUGUAAGAUCUGUAACUUAGAAUAGUUGCAUACAUAUUUGUCAAAUGUUCAGAUAAUUGGUUACCUUGUAUAUAGGCUACAAUUUCUCCUAACCGGAUUUGUGUGAUUUAUUAGCAUAUCAUAUGAAUAAAGCUAUUCUAAUCUAA